AUGGCCAAGACUGUAGUAAUCCUCGGAGCAGGCUGGGCAGGUCUACCACUUACACACAAGCUCCUCAAAUACACUCUCCCUAAGAUCUCAAACCUGAAAGUCGUCCUCGUCUCACCAAACACUCACUUUUUCUGGAACGUCGCCGCCACUCGUGGCAUCAUCCCAGACGCUAUUCCCGAUCAGCAGCUCUUCCUACCCAUCAAACCUGCAUUUGACCAAUACCCCCACGCGAACUUUGAGUUUGUUCUUGGGAAAGCAGACAAGGUUGUCGUAGAGUUGGGCCGUGUUCAUGUGGCCUGCAGUGACGGAUCUACGAAGGAAAUUAACUAUGAUGAACUCGUCAUCGCGACUGGCUCUUCCAUGGCCAGUGGCCUCCCACUGAAGCCUGUCGGGACACAUGAGCAAACAAUGUCUGCUUGGACACAGCUGAAGAGUCAGGUUGGACAUGCAAAGUCAAUCAUAGUAUCUGGGGCUGGUGCGACAGGAAUUGAGGUCGCGGGAGAAUUGGCAGCGAGAUAUGGCUCUUCAAAGGACAUCACACUCAUCAUCAGUGGUGAUCAACCUUUGGAAGGGGCUCUCGAGUCUGUUCGAACAUCUGUUACAAGAGACCUCACAACUCUUGGAGUGAAGCUCAUUCAUAACGCGCGUGUAAACGAAGCGAAGAAGAGCCAAGACGAUCGAGAGACUGAACUACUCUUGUCAAAUGGGACUAUACUCAAGACCGAUCUUUACUUGGCACUCCACGGCAUCAAACUCAACACAUCCUUUGUACCGCCCAAAUUCCUGGAUGACAAAGGGAACACCCGAAUCGACCAAAAUAUGCGUGUCGUCGGGUCAAAGAACAUCUGGGCCAUCGGCGAUGUUGGCGAUAUUGAUCCCAAGCAAUUGACAGUCACGGACAACCAGAUCAUCCACUUGGCAGCGGCUCUAGACGCAGUUCUUACGGGAGAAACAAAAAUUAAACCAUAUGAGCCUUCGACGAAAAAGAUGAUCUUUGUGUCGCUGGGGAAGAAGUAUGCGACUGGGCAGAUUGGAAACUGGAAGUUGUUCUCGUUUAUGGUGUCGUGGGUUAAAGGAAGGAAGUUGUUUGUCGACACAGCGGAGGGGUAUGUUGGUGGAAAACAUUUGAGACAUGAAUCUAUGUAG